GACAAAAGAAAACUAGAGGUCCCACUCAAAUGCGUAAUAUUUGGGGUACUCGUGAUGAUGAGCGCCUAAUAGUCAAUUGGAACAAACUUGGCCAACCUGAUGACGAGUUGGCAACAAAGUUAUCAUCGUUCAUUGGAACUAUUGUGCGUGAUGGGAAAAAUGCACUGCUCAUUUACAAGAAUUGGCAUAAAGUCCCAGAACAUUACAAAGAUCACAUAUGGGCACUUGUACAGUCAAAGUUUGAUCUUCCAAGUCAUGCUAGGAAGUGGGUUAUGAAGUGCUCUGGUAAGAAGUUAAAAGACUGGAAGGCAAACAUAAAGAAAAAUUAUUAUAAGAACCACUUGAGUUUUGACCAACAAAAGCAUUAUAAAGAUAGUAGAGUAUAUGCUGAUCAGUGGGAACACCUUAUUAAGUAUUGGGCCAUUGAAGAAGUAAAGGCACAAAGUGAUAAGAACAAAGCAAGUCGUGCAGAGCGAAAGUAUAAUCAUAUUACUGGAACAAAAAGUUUUCCACGUGUUCGAAAGGAGCAGAAAAAUAAGUUGGGACACUCUCCAACUCGUGCUCACAUGUUUAAAGUAUGUUAUACAAAGGAGACUGGAACCCCUGAGGCAACAAAAGCAAUGAUAGUAUGUACCAAAUAA